CACACAUCAACGAGUGGGAAUAUUUAUCGACAAGAAUUCACAAGACGUACCUUUCCAAUCAACUAGAACCUAUCAUGAAUCUCCCCAUAGAACUCUUUCGUACAGUUUUAGAGGAACUCGAACGGGAACUCAAACUCCCUCAGCUUUUCGCUCUGCGGCUAGUAUCCCAAGCAUUCAACACCGAAAUCCUCCGCCUAAUGUUUCGCAGCCGGCGAAUUGAUUCCGUUUUCAAGAUUUCUGACUGGAUUAUCCCAUGGACAGACCCUCUACGAUGGCAGCGGAAGAGAGGCAAAAUCGAGACGUCUCAGUCAAAGUUCCCGAAGACUUUAAGGCCAAUAUACUUCUACCAUCGGAUGCGGCGAGGAUACUUAGGAGAGCCCAAGACCGACCCAGUGGUGGACAUAUUUGACCAGCUUGUUAUAUUCGAACUGGAGGCAAGAGAUCUUUCACCAGAAUCCAGAAUUGAAGACGUAGAGAUGGUACAUCAAGAGCUUUGCGAGGUGUUCGCAACGGCUUCAGAACAUCGCGCGUGUGCAGAGUCACUGUUCCACCAUUCAGUCCGAAUUCGAACCCGCAGUCAACCACUUCAAGACCAUGCCAUUAGGGAAGCCUCUCUGAUUGCGCGCUUGACUCUCGCAGUGAGGAGGCAAGAUUAUGCGGCGGUGCGGUCCACGCUUAGUGAGGGUGCCAUACUGGAUUGGAAAGGUAGCCCCUGGGUCGGCCGCGACCAUCCUCAGCUUGCAACAAGGAAUCGGGAUAAAAAGCUAGUUGACAUACUCCUGACGUAUGGUACCUAUUCGAAUCCAAAGCACCGUAACCGGCAGCUACUCGAUGCGAUGACGAUAGCAACAACAGAGCGAGAUAGAAAAAUGAUGGAGCUCCUUGUGUCCCACCCAGGGGGCAUAGUUGCUUCCGACCCCUUACUCAAAGGGGAUCACGAAACAUUGACGGAGAGAGCUUCCUGUAUUGCAGCUGAACAAUCUCUUCAGCCCCCAGAUCCGGAGCUUUUUGACUUCAUCAGCGGCCUCUUUGCACCAAACACGGAGUAUUUGCACCGGCUUACACUGGUGCGUGCAAUCAAACAAGGAAAUGUUGUCAUGACAGCACAUAUCCUUUCAACGAAAGUUGGAAGCGCUCUUGACCUCACCGCAAAAGGACGCACACGUCCUUUCGACAUUUACACCGCGCUGCAAGGGAUGUCUAAGCCAAUACGACCCGCAAUCAUGAGCCUACUGUUGUCCCACGGAGCGGAUCCCGACCUCCUGGGGCUGUCUUGGACAGCACAUACAAGACUGCGCUACUCAACGGGGAAUAUAUUGGAAGGGAGGAAGCUGUUGUUGGAAUUUGGAGCCAGAGGAUAUUUCGAGACUUUCAUGCGGCUCGAAGACAUAGAUGAAGGUGAAGGUCGCGGAGUGUUGGAGUGGGCACGACAGGAACUGCAGGAAGCAGAAACGAAUAUACGACGAGAAUCAGGGCGGUUUUACCACCCCUAAGCACACUCAUUACUUGGGAUAUUCUUUGGGCAGGAAUGUGGAAAUGCAUUGCAAAGAUGACGUGACUGUAUAGUACCGCAUUGUAUAAGCCGUAGAAUGAUGCACAGGCACGCGGAUGCUAGAACAGACAGCCAUGCUUCUAUAUUUUAUCCAUUUCGGAACGUUGGAGUUACAGGCAUAAGGAUGAACUUGAC